UGUAAAUAUAUCAGUACGUCGAUGAAGCGUUGAUUCUACAGUCAACAAAAGCUGAUGUUUAGCAAUGAUGAAAUUAUUAAGAAAAUGGAUAUUAGCUCUCAUUAUCAUGUUCGUCGUAUAUUUGAUUGGAUUCAGCUACAUCCAUUUAUCGAACAGAAUAUCAAGUCUGGCUCCAGUUCUACUGACAGAAAGUUUACUUAAAACUGGUAUUCAAAAUGAAAGCACAACGCCGACGCCAAAGGAACCCACAACACAUCUUAAAACACCGAAGUUUCAUACAAUUGGCGAGAAUUUUAGACACACUCGCAAAGUAGCACAUUCGUCUCAAAAACCGCCGCCUGCUUAUGGAUUUGAGGCGAUGAUCAUUGAAGAUAUGCACGCAUCAUUUAACCAAGAUUUUCCAAAAAACAGUGCUUGCCCGUAUGUUGGUCUACGAAAGCCUCAGGCAAAAUCAACAGUCACUGUUCACUCACAAGAGCCAAUAUGCAGUCUGAGAUUGGAGACUGAUAACGACUGUAAUGAAAGUGUAAAAUAUUACGGCAAACCUGGAGAGAUCAAAGAAGUGAUGUGUAACGUUAGCAAAGUGGUCAAAAUGUGUCGUAUUGUACUGCAGAAAGACAUCGAGAGUUUUGAUGUAGUUUGUGACUUAAGUCACUGUGGGGGCGAGUCUCUUCGCCUUGGUUUGUUAGGAAGCGAAACAGGAGUGGUUGAUAAUUGGACAGUAAUAUUAGAUAUAAGACGUAUUGGGGAUCUUCUUCGUGCUCACAUGCUGUCGUCUAAAUUUGGUUCAGGUUUUGCGUUGUUGAAAUGCGAAAGUAGACAUAUUUUUCAAGUUUUAACAUUGCCCAAAAUCCUAAAACGUUCUACGACGAGACGAAAGCGAAAUAAAGUAAAUUUUAAUAUUGUUGUGGAGGAUUCAGUAUCGAGAAAACAUUUCUUCAGGACACUUUUGAAAACUGCGUCGACCUUGAGAAACAUUAUUUACGACCGAACAAUUCCCGCAACUGUGUUAGAAUUUGAGAAAGUCCAGAGCUACGACACAACGACGAGAACGAACCUAAAGCGGUUAUUUUCAGGAACGAAGUAUUUACAUUCCAGGUCCGACAACAUUGGCCUUGAAGAAUUUUUUUCUCUUUUUAAGGAGUUUGGUUACAGAACAUUAUUUCAAGAGGAUAAUUGUUGGUAUGAUAAAUGGGGAACAAUUAUUGAUUUUCGUUACAGGACUGGUCGCGUGAAAGACAAAGAGACAAGAGAUGAAAUAUGGAAAGAGUUUGUAGACCUGCUUCAGAAUACCAAGCGUAGUCUUAGUAUUGACGACUAUGGUGUAACGUUUUUGUCUUGUUCCGUCUAUUCAUACUUGCGUACAACAAAUGUUUACGACGCGGAGAACUUUCCGAAAGUUUGCUUUGCAGGACAACAUUUUUCUUCCUUCUUUCUGGAUUAUGUAGGCGAGUACGUGAAACUUAACGACAAUGCGGAAAGUCCAUUUCUAGCAUACACUCAUCUAAUUACAUCACACGAACGCAGUGGACGACGCAUUGUUAAUGAUGACAUUGCCCUAUCGAAAUUACUGCGAGAAGCGGCCGAGAUGGUCAACACCAUUACUAUAUUUAUAUCAGAUCACGGUGGAAAAUCCACCAAAUUUUCGUCUUAUACAGUGCAAGGACGACAUGAGAUAUUUCAGCCAUUUAUGUUCAUGAUUAUUCCUCAUGCGGUUAGCAAGAAACUUGGACCCGAAGUGGUUAAUGCUUUGUUCGCGAAUCAGAAACGUUUGGUAGGGCUUCAAGAUCUUGGCGAUGCUUUGCAGACAUAUGUUAACCCAGCAACUCCACAAUUGCAACGUGGUCUAUUUCGCCUUAUACCACUCAAUCGCACUUGUGAACAACUUGAAUUAGAUUCGGACGUUUUAUGUCUAUGUGAUAAGAUGGAUAAAUCAAUUUCAAAUAGUUCACAAGACGUUAGCUGGGCCGCAGAGUUUGCUUUAGGAUCACUCAAUAAAAUAAUUCACAACCAAUUUAUAACAGGCCUUCAGCAGUCGAAGCCCGAGCUGCUGACGUCAGACUUCUACGGCUACGGCGCAUGUCAACGCUAUAUUGGUCUUGGAGUAGGCCUCCCGCGACAUCGAGUCGCCGGUGACGAUGAGGUACUUUCAUUCACUCUGUUCGUGCAGCCGUUUGAUCGUAAAACAAGAGAAGCAUUUGACAUCAAAGUUUCGUUUUCAGUUAAACAAGAAAUGGGAAUGAGUCUGGACAAGUUUACUCGCGCAAGCUCAUUUAACGAAUACGAACAAUGCGUGGAUAGAAACGUAAAUCCAAAGUUGUGUACCUGUCGUACAGGCAGGCGAAAUGCUUUCAAAUGGCGUCAAAAAUUCACUAGUAGGAAAGUAGCAUCACUGAGAAGUUUCUCUCUAGUUCCAACUGGUCAAAUUUUGGAUCACCCUUGCUUGACAAUUUAUACACGAAAUAGACAAAAUUCCCUGCCCGGGGGGAAAAAACAAAACGCAAUUUCAACCUAUGAAGCUUUUAACGCAUGCUCACACUUAAUGUACAAUCUCACAAUCGACGUUAAGGUGGCCAGACAUACACGAGUGUCAUGCGUAUUCCCUAAUACUGUUACCAUAUUUCCAAGAACGAUGACUUUUCUUAUGACAGUUAGCAAUGAGUGGAAAUAUGGGAAAUUUAUACCUAGAUUUUCAUUCGUGAAGAGAAAGUUACGUAAUUCUGAGAAACAGGAGAGGAAUGAAGAUCAAUGAACUUAGUCAAAUGAACAAUACAAUUUUGACUCGUGAUCAAGAAUAGGCUACCAUUUUGUCAAUCCAGAUGUAUUAUGUGUUGACGUGUACAUAACGCGUUUAGACUUUUACGUGCGUGUACGUGCGUAUGAAGAUAUAUAAGGCUGGUUUCCAUUUACGUGUUUUUUUACGCGCUUAAAACUUUGAAUGCUUCCAAAUUUUUAUUAUUUACACAUGCAUCAACAAAUGUAUAUUCUUUCGAUUUAAUCUAGCUUUUUUAAAAAUGACAAAUACAGCCUUUGCAUGCACGUUGACGAAUCAUCGUGGCCUAAUAUAUUCUAUUGAAAUGAAAGAUGGCUCAGCUCCUGAGAUUGCGUCAUAUCAAGCAUAAUAAUUAGCAUAUAGUCUCUCAGUUCAAAUCGAUAGUAUAGAUGAAGUUAAUUUACCCGAAACGGCAAAACAGUUUUUCAAUCAGUUCGGUUUAACACGUAUAUAGCCAAGCCCGUUUUACACGGGCAAACGUUUGACUUCAACAAAUUUUAUGCGACGAAAUAUUUUUCCCGUGUGAAUUGGUGAUCUCAUCUAAAAAAAUCCUCGUGUAAAUGGGGCUUACUGCUUUUAGCUUUUUAUAUAUAUAUCCAUACAAAUAUAAUAUAACAUAAGAAAUAUCACAUAUCAUGCAUUCGCGAUGAUUGCGAAAUAAUUCCAUCCAUGUAUAUCUGUCUUUAGUUUAUAAACGAAUUUCAAUUAAUUAACUUACUAAACUAUUAGGUCUAUAUAGCUAAUACUUUCUUGUAUAAAAACGACAACGAAUUCUGCCGACUAUAUUAAUGGAUGUAGAUAUUUAUAGUUAGGAUAAAACUAAAACUAGUCACUUACCAAUAACAUAAGAUGGCUUACCAAGCGAGUGAAAAUAGUCCGUUAUAGGCUGUCCAGAAAAUUCGAGUGACUCACUAGGACAUCGCAGCAACCUAGUGACCCACUAUAUUGUCUAUAAACAACAUGCACGCGCACUUUAAUUGAUAAUGACGACAAUUUAUAUUCAGUAUAUUUUCUCAAUCUAUAUAUGAAUUCCCGCAGUGUUAUAGCUUCUAAAUUCAUAUAUUACGGUAAAUAAAUGGCUGUAUACUACCUAGAAACACUCGAACAGCUCGUCAUAUUAUAAUAGCAUUUACAUGCAAGUACAAAUUAAGCAGGUAGACAACCUAUUUACCAUUGACUUUGGAAUUCUCAUU